AUGUCAUCCAAAUCGCGAGUUCAUUUUCGGGACGAAGACGAGGGCCUGCUGGCCAGCGCUUCGCCCUCGAUUCAAGAUGAUGAUCACCUCUCCGGCGAUGAGGAGAGGCAGGAGUCUGGCGAAGUGCUCGAAAGUGCCGGAAAGAAGGACAUCGCGUUGAUGAUUUUCAUCAAUUUCCUGUCCUUCGUUUGCUUCGCCAUCGUUCUUCCUUCUCUAUGGCCCUUCCUCAAAUCGUUUGGAGUGAAUCAGUCGUGGACCGGCUGGGCCGUGGCGGUGAACAGCGGUGGCACCUUCCUCGCCUCUCCGAUCUUGGGCAAGUGGACCGACUGGCGAGGCGUGAAGGAGGCCCUCUUCAUUUCCCUCAUCGUCAUGAUCGGCGGCAACAUCAUGUAUGCCCUGUCUCAGGACGUGUGGAUGCUGCUGGCUUCUCGCUUCAUCGUUGGCUGCGCUGCCGCCAACUACGCGCCGGCUUCGGCGUACCUGACCUAUGCGACUCACCCCAACGACCGAACGACGGUGAUGAUCGCCAACAGCGCAGCCUCCAUUCUGGGCUUCAUUCUUGGCCCUGCGAUGGCGACGGGACUGUCCGCGUUGCCGGCCUUCGAGGUGUCGGUGUUCAAGGGGAACGAUUUGACCUACCCGGGCUGGGCGUCGGUGCUGCUGGCCCUGUUCUGCCUGAUAUUCGUGCCGACGGUGAAGAACAUUCGACCGCGCAAGGUAACACCCGAAACCGACGACAGCGGGAAGAAGAGCGAGCAGGAGGGGAGCGACGCCCUAAAUCAUCCAUACCUAAACCCGAUUGCCGAGGAUGAACACCUCCUCGUGCUGGCGCCCGAGCUGGAUAGAAGGAGAGGAGGGAGAGCGGAGGUUAUGUAUCAUAUUCAGGAGGAUGGCCAGGACGAGGAGGUGAUGGAGGAAGGAGGCCAGACGUUCGCCAUGGACUCGUUUAGUGCCGGAGAGGGCGUCUUCCCCGCCAAGGGAGCGCUCGACCCCAGCUCCCUCUCCCAGGCCCACAUCGCCACCGAGACCAAUCCUUACGUCAAACCCUCCGACGCCUCCGUGCGUUCGCUGAAGACGCUGGCCCAGCCCGGCCUGCCCAUCUGGACUGUCAUCGUGGUCCUCUACCUCCAGUUCGCCUUUUACAACGCCUUCACCGUCUUCGAGACCAUCGGCACCCCCUACACCCAGCACGCCUACGGGUGGAGCGUGACGACCAACGGCUUCAUGUUCGCCGGCAUAGGCGGCGGCUGCAUCGUUUCGCUGGUGAUCCUUCAAGUCGGCGCCAUGCUCUUCCAGGACCGCACCCUCCUGCUGGUCACCGAAGUGCUCAUGGCCGGUGGCUUUGGGCUCCUCAUCCAGUGGCCGUUCGAUGAAUACGUCGAGCUGCCCAGGUUCAUCAUCGGUGUCGGCCUUGCGAGCGUCGGCUUCUCUUCGGCCUGCGCCGUCGUGAUCUCCAUCUUCUCCAAGCUGCUAGAGAACGUCGAGCAGGGAGUGAUGAUGGGAUGGCUCAGCGCAUCUGGCUCUCUCGCCCGAGUUGCGGGACCGCUGUUUUCCGCCUACGUGCUCCAGUACGUGGGCGGAGGGCUGGUGUUCCUGAUCACGGCCUCGAUGCUCGUCGUGGCCCUCGUUCUCACGUUGGCCUUCUUCCCGCACCUCAAGACCGCGCACAAGGGGGACACCUCCGCCGCAUCUGCCACCACCGCGCCGAAGGCCACGCCCAGCGGGUCGGCCAAGUGGCGCCAGAAGAAGAGCGGCGGCAAGAUCCGCUACGCCGGCGAGCGACCCACCGCUGCCGAGCAGAGCUCGCUCAUCAACAGCGAGUACGACGACCAUGAGACGUGGGACUAA